UCCCUUUGAAGCGGGGCGGCCGAUCGGGGCUAUUUGACGUGCGGCUCGCGGCCGGCGAAGGUUUUUGUGCAGCUCGCCCGGGCCAGCGGCGGCGGCGGUGGAGGAGGGGAGCUGGCGGACGGGCAGCGGCCGCGGCCCCGCGCUUGAAGCUGCGGAGCGAGCCACCCGCCCGGGAGCUCGUCUCCCGGUGCUCCCCCUCCCUCCCCGCCCCCCCAGCGGCGCUGCCUCCUCCAAAUGAGCGAUUCGCCCGCUGGAUCUAACCCAAGGACACCCGAAAGCAGCGGCGGCAGCAGCGGCGGCGGCGGCGGGAAGAGGCCGGCGGGGCCGGUGGCGGUGUCCCUCUUGCCCCCGGCGGACCCCCUGCGCCAGGCGAACCGGCUCCCCAUCAGGGUCCUGAAGAUGCUGAGCGCUCACACCGGCCACCUCCUGCACCCGGAGUACCUGCAGCCGCUGUCCUCCACUCCCGUCAGCCCCAUUGAGCUGGACGCCAAAAAGAGUCCAUUGGCGCUGCUGGCCCAGACCUGCUCGCAGAUCGGCAAGCCCGACCCGCCUCCCUCGUCCAAGCUCAAUUCCGUAGCGGCCGCGGCCAGCGGGCUGGGAGCGGACAAGGACCCGGGCCGCUCGGCCCCGGGCGCCGGCUCGGCGGCGGCGGCGCUCAAGCAGCUGGGAGACGCCCCGGCCGAGGACAAGUCCAGCUUCAAGCCCUACUCCAAGGGUGCGGGCGGCGGCGGCGACUCCCGCAAAGACAGCGGCUCCUCCUCGGUGUCGUCCACGUCCUCCUCUUCGUCGUCGUCGUCCUCGUCCCCGGGAGACAAGGCGGGCUUCAGGGUCCCCAGUGCCGCCUGCCCGCCCUUUCCCCCGCAUGGAGCGCCAGUGUCGGCUGCGUCCUCGCCCGCCGGCUCCCGGGGCGGCUCCCCGCAUCACUCUGACUGCAAGGCUGGCGGCGGGGGAGGCGGCGAGCUGGACAAGAAAGACCAGGAGCCCAAGGCCAGCCCGGAGCCGGCGGCCGUGAGCCGCGGAGGCGGCGCCGGGGGAGAGCCGGGCGUGCACGGCGCCGAGGCGGGGUGUUCCGGGCGCAAGUCGGAGCCGCCCUCGGCCCUGGUGGGCGCCGGCCACGUGGCCCCCGUGUCGCCCUACAAGCCGGGCCACUCGGUGUUCCCGCUGCCGCCGUCCAGCAUCGGCUACCACGGCUCCAUCGUGGGCGCCUACGCCGCCGGCUACCCGUCCCAGUUCGUGCCUGGCCUGGAUCCCAGCAAAUCGGGCCUCGUGGGAGGCCAGCUGUCGGGGGGCCUGGGCCUGCCGCCCGGCAAGCCCCCCAGCUCCAGCCCGCUCACGGGGGCCUCCCCGCCCUCGUUCCUGCAGGGAUUAUGUCGUGACCCCUACUGCCUGGGAGGUUACCACGGCGGUGGCAGCGGCGGCGCCUCCUCGCACCUCGCCGCCGGCGGUUCCAGCUGCUCCACCUGCAGCGCGCACGACCCGGCCGGGCCCAGCCUGAAGGCGGGGGGCUACCCGCUGGUGUACCCGGGCCACCCGCUGCAGCCGGCCGCGCUCUCGUCCAGCGCCGCGGCGCAGGCCGCACUGCCGGGCCACCCGCUCUACACCUACGGCUUCAUGCUGCAGAACGAACCGCUGCCACAUAGCUGCAACUGGGUGGCGGCCAGCGGGCCGUGCGACAAGCGCUUCGCCACCUCGGAGGAGCUCCUGAGCCACCUGCGGACUCACACGGCCCUGCCCGGCGCGGACAAACUCCUGGCCGCCUACCCCGGGGCGGCCGCCGCCGCAGCAGCAGCAGCAGCAGCCGCCGCCGCCUCGUGCCACCUGCACCUGCCCCCGCCCGCCGCGCCCGGCAGCCCGGGCUCGCUGUCCUUGCGGAGUCCACACACUUUGGGGCUGAGCCGGUACCACCCGUAUGGCAAGAGUCACUUGUCCACAGCCGGGAGCCUGGCCGUGCCGUCGCUGCCCACCGCAGGACCCUACUAUUCGCCCUACGCGCUCUACGGACAGAGACUGGCUUCGGCCUCGGCGCUCGGGUACCAGUAACGCCGGGGGGACCCCCCAGCCGCGCCCCUGCGCCCACCGCGCCCGCCCCGCUUCUCCGCCCGCUCCCCGCCCCGCGGAAGCCCCCGCCCUCGCAGCGGACUGUGUAUUUAUUGUUAGCUUACAAGCUGGGAAUCUAAGUGCAUUAACGGCCCACGCGGGGCGACGGGGUGCCGCAACGCCGGCUUCGUGGGCACCCCACCCGCCACGACGCCCCCGCCCCUGUCUCCGCCUCCUGGCCUUUUUGUUUGUUUCUUCACCCUUAGGUAGAAGUUUUUUAACUU